GGCUCGCACCGUUCAUUUGCUUUCAAAAACCUUCGAGGGAGACCACGGAAGCACCAACUACAACCUUCCGUAGUUACUAGUAAAAGUGAUCCGUACUUUAUUUCACGUAAACGAAACUCAGUUAGCUGCUGAAUUUAUUUCGACGUGCAGAUUUAUAAAGUUUGCUUGCAGUUCGAAGGAUCACAAUGAAAGCGAGCGCGUACAACGUCUACCUGGGAGUCGUGGCCGCCAUGUUGGCUCUACUGUUCGUCACAAUUAAUGCUGCGCCAAUGGAGGCGGACGACGAGACGGCCGAGAACACCCUCGUGGCGCAUCCGGAUGGUGACAUGGAGCUCUCAGGCCCCUGGGAUGCUAUCAACACUGCCGCUCUACGCAAACUGCUGCUGCAACUCGACGCAGAGGACAGGAUGGGCAGGGUGACCCGCUCGUGGCCCCAAGCUGAGCCCCGCGGUUGGGGUCUGCGGGCGUUGGACAGCCGUCUGGCGCGGCAGUGGAGGGCAGACAAGCGGCAGGUGCGAUUCCGCCAGUGCUACUUCAACCCAAUCUCCUGCUUCCGCAAGUGAACACCAGCAACACAACGACGCAUCGACCCUCUGACCUAGUGUAGCAAGAACGAACAAAACGUCGCCAUAAUCUCCCAUUAAAAAAAAAAUAGCGCGCAACGGCCAUCUUGUGAAACGUCAAAUCAAUGUCAAAUUAUUUUUACCAUCCAACUAUAAGCCUUAUUGUGUAAGGUAUAAGGACCGUUUCAUAAUGAGGUCGUUGAUCUUUAAAAGUGAUGAUUAAAAUGCAAUGUAAAUACAUUCUGUAACCAUUUAAUGUCAGUUGAAGUAUUAAUAGAAUAAUUGUAAUCGAUACUUAUUUAUCUCGCAAAUGUCGCACUUGUUUGGAUCGAGUCUCUUAAAUCGAUUAUUUUGAAGCCAAAGUCUAGUACUGUUAAGAAAAAUGUCACUUAUUUAUCGUAUGUAUGGAUCCGAUUGCCAGUGUUCAUGACUAUUAACUAACUACCCUUUCACCCAUCUAGUAGAUCGUGUCUAGUCAUAAAGUAUGUCUAUCUAGGUCGUGGAAAAUAUAAUCUAGGGUAAUUAAAACAUUUUAAUUUAAAAUUCUCUCCCAAAUAAAACUAUAAUUUAGUUAAAAUAUUAUCGUUAGUCUGAAAUAUAAUUUCUCUUUAACCUUUCUCUACCUAUAUAUUUACAUUAUAUUGUCUACAUUACAUAAUAAGUAUACUACUUAUACAUUAUAUAUAAAAUCUAUUGUAGAUAAGUGUUAUUAUUAAUAAAGAUAAUCGAUGAAAUAAACUUUUGUUUGUCUAA